AUGACUCAUUCAAACGGACUCGAACAAUCGCUACCAUUAGAAUUUCCUUAUAUCGAUGAUGUAUCUCAAUAUGAACGUAUCGAUAAGAUUGGUCAGGGAACAUAUGGUGAGGUAUUCAAAGGACGAUGUCGAAAGACAAAUGAAUUUGUUGCAAUAAAAUUGAUUUUAAUGAAUCAAGAAAAAGAAGGUUUUCCUAUUACAGCAUUACGUGAAAUUAAAAUUUUACAAGGUCUUCGACACGAUAAUAUUGUACGACUGAUUGAAAUGUGUCGAUCAACAGUGGAAAAGUCGUCUCGAAGUAAAUUCUAUUUCAUAUUCGAAUUUUGUGAUCAUGAUCUAGCUGGUAUUUUACGCAAUGUACAAGUCAAAUUCAAACUGGAACACAUCAAGUCUAUUAUGCAACAAUUACUCUAUGCUCUUUAUUGUAUUCAUACAAAUCAUAUAAUUCAUCGAGAUAUAAAACCUGCCAAUAUCUUGAUUACACGUAAUGGUGUACUUAAAUUGGCUGAUUUUGGUCUGUCGAAAUUGAUUACUCCACCAAGACUCGAUCAAAAAAAUCGACAUACUUAUCGAGUAGUCACAAUGUGGUAUCGUCCUCCUGAAUUGUUAUUAGGUGAACGAGACUACGGACCAGCUAUUGACAUGUGGGGUGUAGGAUGUAUCUUUGCUGAAAUGUGGAUUCGUUGUCCAAUCAUGCAAGGAGAGACUGAACAGCAUCAACUUGAAUUAAUUUCAAGUCUAUGUGGUAGUAUUAAACCAAAUGUUUGGCCUGGUGUUGAUUCAUUACCACUCUAUAACAAAAUAAAGUUACCAGAAGGUGAACGUCGAAAAGUUUACGAUCGCAUGAAACCUUACAUUCCAGAAUCAUUAGCACUUGAUCUAAUUGAUCAAUUACUCAUACUUGAUCCAAAACAGCGAAUCAAUGCCGACAAUGUUCUUCGUUCUGAUUUCUUUUAUUCUGAUCCACCUGUAAUCGAUUUGAAAGAGCUUUUAUCAAAAUAUCAUUCAAUGUUCGAUUUAAAAGAAACAUCACGUAAUGUAAAUCAUCAACGGUCCAAAUUUCCUAAUUUAUCAUGUGACCCAAUUUAUUAG